AUGUCAGAGCUAACGGAAACGCAUUCCUUGCAAAACCAUAUCUCUCAUAGAUUCGACCCUCUAUUCCCGCUUCCGUAUAGGAUAGCUUUUGAAAUUAUCCUCGGUAUUUGGGGCUGGGGCCUCAAUGUUCAAGUACUGGAUGCUAUCCAUGUGGAUCUCAGCUAUUUACUACGAUACCAGACUGGCAGAUCGUUGCACAAGGCUGUUUAUCAAUUUGCUCUUGGGCUCUCGCUAAUAUACACUGUAUCAAUUAUAUUUUAUUGGCAACUGUUACGAAAAGCUGACGGUGGCAUUGUAACGGCUGGUGUAGGGGAUGAUUCAGAAGAGCACCCUAUUUUGUCGGGACUGGAUAUCUUACCAUGGACUACUUUUGCAGUUAUCAUUGGAAUUUUUUUGUAUCCAGGGCACAAGUUCCACCAUAGUGGUCGCAAACGGGUCAUUUCUGUGCUUAAAAGGGUUUGUACAGGAAGCAUCAAUCCUGAACACCGUCUACCAGAUAUACUAUUAUCUGAUGCACUUACCUCAUAUUCUAAAAUAUUUGUGGAUUCAGGAAUCAUGACGUGUAUGUUGAUUUCGAAACAAUCAUCUUUAGGACUACCAGAUAGGUCUUGUGGGGGACAGUGGCUGGUCCCAGUAAUUUCAAGCAUACCGUUUCUUAUACGUCUUCGUCAGUGUACAAUUGAGUAUCUGGCGACUGGGAACAAGCAGCAUUUAUUUAAUUUCGCGAAAUAUUUGUCGGCUAUGCCCGUUAUCCUCUUGUCAGCGUUGCAGCGUAAUUUUAAAAAUGUGGAGGUUAGUGCCAGUGCGAUUGAUCAUGAUAUGGCAGCAUUCCAAAUAUUUACACCUAGGAUGUUGACAAAACUAUGGGUGGCUGCUGUGCUUAUAAACUCUACAUACAGUUUUUACUGGGACAUCACAUAUGAUUGGGAUCUAGAGUUAUUGGGAGGAUUUAGUUGGUGGCAACGAAAACAUCAGGGUCUUAGAGCUAUCAUGUACUUCCCAGCAAAACAUUGGUACUAUUUUGCUAUUUGUGUAGAUUGUGUUCUUCGCUUCACCUGGAGCUUGAAAUUAUCGUCACAUUGGUAUUAUGUUGCUGAUCGUGAGUCUGGUUUAUUUGUAUUGGGCGUACUCGAAAUUAUAAGAAGAUGGGUGUGGGUCUUCUUCCGGGUGGAGUCUGAAUGGGUCAAGUCACUUCGUGAUCCGUACAAAGGUCAUGAACUUGGUCAAGUAACUCCAAUGUAG